AUGGAUGCAGUGGUGGCUCAGAUUCAGGACCUUUUCGAGGGCCAGAUUGAUUUUGAUGGGCAGCGUCUUGCUGAACAGUUAUACACUGCCAUUUUGUCCAUAUCUUCGGCCAUAGCUCUCGUCGUGGGCUAUAUGCAACAAGACAUCUUCCUGAGCAUGUGGAUCGGACUCGCAGGUACACUGUUGGCGAUGCUUCUUGUUGUCCCUCCGUGGCCUGUAUUUAACCAGCAUCCUCAACCAUGGCUCGGUUCUAAGGUCUCUCUGCCACGGGGUGGAAUAGUCGUGAGCGGUGGAAAGGGACGAUAG